AUGGAUGUUCCCUGGAUCAUAUCAGGGUCAGAGGAUGGAACGAUCAAAAUCUGGGAUCGAGCUACAAAUCAGUGCAUCGCGACACUCACGGGCCACAGCGGUCCCAUACAACGCUUCGCAUGGUCACCUAUUGUCCAAUCACUUGCAUCAGCAUCAGACGAUGGCACAGUCAAGAUAUGGAAUGUAGCCACGGGCGAGUGCAUAUUGACUAUCAAUGAUCAUAUCGGUGGUGCUAAUGGGGUCGCUUGGUCUCCCGACGGCAAACGGCUCGCAACCUCAGACGACAACACAAUCAAGAUCUGGAAUCUAGCUACAAAGCAUUGUGUAUUCACACUAGGAGGCCAUGACAAUCGUAUAAAUUCCAUCGCUUGGUCAGCAGAUGGUACAAAACUCAUUUCAGCAUCGGCUGAUACAACUCUCAAGAUCUGGAGCUUGGCUACAGGCCAAUGUAUUACAACUUUUGAGGGCCACAGCGACGAAGUUCUUUCAGUUGCUUGGUCACCGGAUACAGUGCACAUUGCCUCGGGGUCAAAUGACAAUAGUGUUAAAGUAUGGGACGAAGCCACAGGCAAUUGCACUUUGACACUUAAUGGCCACCACUCUGCUGUUCGUUCUAUCGCCUGGUCGCCUAAUACACUUCGCCUUGCAUCGGCAUCACUGGAUAAUACUAUUAAGAUAUGGGAUACAUCUUCAGGACAAUGCACAAUAACAUUAGAGGGCCAUGAACAGUCCGUCACGGAAGUUUCAUGGUCGCCCGAUGGAGCCUGGCUUGUAUCCGCAUCGGAUGAUAGUACUAUCAAAACAUGGGAUGCAACUACAGGCCAAUGUUUAUCAACGCUUACAGGUCAUGAAAGUCCAGCCAAAACGGUGCUUCCUGUGACAAAAAUUAGCAAACUACCUCUCGGCCAACUCAGGUCAUUGCUCCCGAGCAAGGACGAGAAAGACAAUGCCACAGUGAUCGCAUCGGGUUCCCAAGACCAAACAGUAAAACUUUGGGAUCCAGAAUCUGGUCUCUGCAUCAAAACACUGGAAGGUCACACCGGGAUAAUUUGGUCAGUUGCGUGGGCUCCUGAUCAGAAGCAUGUCGCAUCUGCAAGCGACGAUGCGUCAGUUAAGAUCUGGGAUUCCACAACUGGCCUUGCCAAGUUCACGCUCCAGCAUAAAGUUCCUGUCUACUCCGUUGCCUGGUCUCCCGAUGGUACUAAAUUGGCUUCGUCUUCAGGAGAUGGAAACGUUUGGAUCUGGGAUAUAACCUGGGAUACAGAUGUGGCCCCGCAAGCUACCAUUCUCACCAACACUGGUAAUGCCAUAACACUUCUGGCCUGGUCUCCAGAUAGCACUCGACUCUUAUUUGCAUCGCCGACGGACAGCACGCUGAGAAUCUGGUAUUUGGCUGCUGGCGAGAGCUCGGUUAUCGAACUAGACGUCGACCGCCGAGUCGAUUCCAUUGGCUGGUCACCCGACUCUAAGCUCUUCGCGUCCGGAGGUAACGAUAAUGAAAUUACUAUAUGGGAUGCAGAUACGAAACAGAGUAAAUUGUCUCUCAAGGGUCAUCGGGGUUCGGUUCUUGGACUUUCAUGGUCUCCUGAUGGUACCAGAAUUGUAACGGGAUCACAAGAUCGUAUAAUCAAAGUAUGGGACCCAGUCUCUGGUAACUGUCUCUCAACAUUGGAGGGACACUCCAAAUUUGUACAGUCUGUCUCUUGGUCUGCAGAUGGAAAAGAUUUUGCAUCAGGAUCACGAGAUUACAGAGUCAAGAUUUGGGACGAAGCCGAAAGUAAGUGCAAGGCGACGCUCGAAGGGCAUACUGGUGAGGUGUGGACGGUUGCUUGGUCGUCUCAUCCCAAGCCACCAACCCCUCCGCCGCCCCCAGGUCCUGAUCCUGACUCCGGCUUGGCUCGGUGGAUGCAAAUCUUCAUGGCUUUGCAGGGCCGCCUACAUGAUUUGGAGUCGAAUGUCGAUGGCGUUGUCGAUUCGAGUGUCAAGGCAGCACUGGACUCAAUCGCAAAAGGUCUAGCCAAGUUCAACGAGCUCAUCGACCUUUGGCCGGACUAUACUGGAGACGAUGCAUCCAAUGAAAAGCGCAAGGCCAUCAUUCAAGAAGCUACAGAUCUCAUCCAGACUGGUGCCGGCUUUGUGACCGGCUCAGGGACAGACGGUGGGGUAAUUCCUCAGUUAAACGACAUUGAACAAGAACUGAAGGAGAAGAAAGCCAAGUUUUACGAAGAAACGGAGGAGGAGAAGACCGAAAUAACAUCGUUGGAGGCAGACAUUGACACGGCUAUAGACAAGAUGAAUACCGACCAAAAGGCGUAUGAAGAAGCUCAAGCCAUAUUGCUUGCAAAGAUAGAGGAGGUUUCUCUGGGGGCUGCCAUGCAACGCCAGGAAUCACUCAAGAAGAAAACAGUUUUGGAUGGAAUAAAUUACACAUUGCUUCUUGAAGAAAAUGGAACGCUGGACGACCUUCAACAAGCCGGCGAAUUGGCCUACCUGAUUCUCGACAGGGCUCAAAACAAAGUCCGCAACCUCGAGUUCCGAGUGCAAGCCCUGAAACGCAUCCAGAAAAAUCGGCCCAUGGUCCAGCGAGCGAUUGGCAGGGCAGAAAGGCUUAUAUCUAUCUUGAGAAUGAUGACUCAGGGCUUAUCCAACGAAGACGGUGCUAUUCUAGCCGUGGUCAAUCUCAUCUUGCCCACCAUCGAAAAGCUCGGCAAAGUGGGUGAGCCGCCGUACAAUCGCCCACAUCGCAGCAGCGAGGAUGAUUUGUGCACUUAUAUCUUAAUGAUUCACAGAGAAUCUCUGAUUGAUGUGGCAUUUGUUGAAAGUGCUAGGAAGGCUGUGGCUCAAGUACGGGAUUGGUUCGAUGAUGACAUUCCGAAGAAGACUCAGGAUGAGAUUGAUGCAAUUGUUAAAAACCCUUUGUACUGA